CUGUAACCCGUAAAAAAAAAAAAAUCUCAUUCAUAGCUGUUUCCCCCCCUUCCUUCAUCAAAUUCUCAUAACCAAAACAAUCCCCAGAAAGCUUCGAUCUCACGAUCUGUCUUCUUCUCCUAAUCUGGUUUCGAAAUAGACCUUUGAAUUUAAAUUCGGAGUGAAGAUGUCGUCAGACGCAUUGAACAUGACGCUUGAUGAAAUUGUCAAGAGGAGUAAGAGUACAAGGUCUGCAGCUGCAAAGUCUGCAAAGUCUGGAGGAAAAGGGAUUUCCCAACGUGGACGUGGACGUGGUGGACCUGUAGGAGGUGGUGGAAGAGGAGCUGGACCUGUUCGUAGAGGUCCUCUUGCUGUUAAUUCUCGGCCGUCCAUAAACAAGCUUGCCCGCAGGAAGAGGAACUUGCCAUGGCAGAAUCAGAAUGAUUUGUAUGAAGAAAGCCUGAGAGCUGUUGGGGUACCAGUAGUGGAAGUUGGAACCACAGUUUAUAUUACCAACCUUGAUCAGGGAGUGACGAAUGAAGAUAUAAGGGAACUCUAUGCUGAGAUUGGAGAGCUGAAAAGAUAUGCAGUUCACUUUGACAGGAAUGGGCGUCCAAAUGGCUCGGCUGAAGUUGUAUAUAUGAGAAGAAGUGAUGCAAUGCUAGCUAUGAAGAAAUACAACAAUGUACUCUUGGAUGGAAGGCCCAUGAGACUGGAGAUUCUGGGUGGAAGUACUGAGGCUGCUCCUGUUGCUGCUCGGGUUAAUGUAACUGGAUUGAAUGGAAGGAUGAAGAGGAGUGUCUUCAUUGGACAAGGAGUUAGAGGUGGGAGAGUAGGAAGAGGAAGAGGUUCAGGUCCUUCUAUGAGACGCCCUGCAACCCAACAACAAAACCAACAGGGAGGUGGUCGAGGUGGGCUUCGUGGUAGAGGCAGAGGUGCCGGUGGUGGCAGAGGGAAUAAAAGCGGCCGAGGCGGAAAGAAGCAGGUGGAGAAGUCGGCUGCGGACCUUGACAAAGAUCUCGAAAGCUACCAUGCUGAAGCUAUGAACAUCAAUUAAGCAAAGCAAGACUUCACAUUUGUCUAUGUACUUUUGUGUUCUUUUGUUCUUGUCUCCUACUAAUACCUCAGAUGUGCUAAAAAGUCUGGUUUGGUUUGGUUUCGAUUAGGAUGCUUUGCUUUUGUUCUUCUCUUUUCUUGCUUCACUUUUACAGUUCCCUCCCUUUGGUUAUUGAAGUAAAAGAGAUUUAGUUUGUAAAUGAAAAAAGCUCUUACUUUAGUUAAUUCCAAUUGCUAAAUUGUACUUGA